GGGGCUUGCUGCGCGCUGACGUCUGCGCUGCGUGGUGAGGUCAGCGCGCGCCUCUCUUGCUGGUCCCGCUGCCCGUCGCUCUGUCUACCUGGUGGGAUUGGUGUGGUUCCCCCCGCUCCUUGCGGAGCGCGGCGCGGCCUCUUCACUCGGGGCUUCGUGGGGUCUGGUGCGGUAGGAGGCUGGUGACAUCACGGCCUGCUCUCCGGCUUCUCUUUCGGCGUCAGAUUUUGCAGUGAACUGUCAAAAAUGGAAGUUAAAGAGUAAUAACUGGAAGAAAAUAGAGAAGUAUCUGCAUCAAGAUAGGAGCUGCCAAGGGUUCGAUUGUCAAUGCAAACAAACCAGGAGGCAGAGGACAAUCUUGUCUCAUUCCCCUUUGUAUAGCAAAUUUGUCAGAUGAUUGGCCAUUGAUGUUGAGCUGGGCUAAAGGAUAUGAUGACGAGAUCAAAUUACCUCUGAUCACAGCUUUAAGAGCCUCCCAUCUUGUUGAAGCUGAGAUGUCAGAAGCUAUGUUGUCAUCCAGGGUGCCUGGUGGAGAAUGCAAUGGGAUCAAUAGCAUGUCUGCAGAGAGUGGUCCUGGGACGAGACUGAGAAAUUUAUCAGUAAUGGGGGAUGGACUAGAAGCUACACAAAUGUCUACAACACAGGCACAGGCCCAACCCCAACAGGGCAAUACUGUACCCAUUAACCCACCUCCACCAGAGACCUCAAAUCCUAAUAGACCCAAGCGUAUGACCAACCAGCUACAGUAUUUGCUCAAAGUGGUGCUCAAGACACUAUGGAAACACCAGUUUUCAUGGCCUUUCCAGCAGCCUGUGGACGCUGUCAAACUAAACCUCCCUGAUUAUUAUAAAAUUAUUAAAACUCCUAUGGAUAUGGGAACAAUAAAGAGACGAUUGGAGAAUAACUACUACUGGAAUGCUCAAGAAUGUAUCCAGGACUUCAAUACAAUGUUUACAAAUUGUUACAUCUACAAUAAGCCAGGGGAUGACAUAGUUUUAAUGGCAGAAGCUCUUGAAAAGCUUUUCCUCCAGAAAAUCUCUGAAAUGCCCCAGGAAGAAACUGAAAUCGUUAUAGUCCAAGCAAAAGGAAGAGGACGUGGUAGAAAGGAACCAGUUCCAUCCAAGGCAGGAGCAUCAACAAUACAGAAUACAACUCAAGCAUCAUCUCCAGCUCAGAUACAGGCUCCACAGCAGAAUACUCAGCCAGUGCAAACAACUCAUUCCUUACCUUCUGUGACCCCUGACCUUAUUGUUCAGACACCCAUAAUGACUGUGGUGCCUUCCCAGCCUCCAGCCCCUCCACCUCCAUCUUCAGCUCCUUCAGCUCCAGUCCCCCAGCCCAUUCAAACACACCCACCAAUUAUCCCAACAGCUACACAGCCCAUGAAGACAAAAAAAGGUGUGAAGAGGAAAGCAGACACUACAACUCCAACAACAAUAGACCCAGUUCAUGAAUCCUCAUCGCUGCCCACUGAACCCAAGUCUGCCAAGACCGGUCCACGAAGGGAAACUCGACCUGUGAAACCUCCAAAGAAGGAUGUUCCAGACUCUCAGCAGCAUGUAGUAGAAAAGAGUAAUAGUAACAAAGUGUCAGAGCAAUUAAAGUAUUGUAGUGGCAUCAUAAAAGAGAUGUUUGCUAAGAAGCAUGCUGCAUAUGCAUGGCCCUUCUACAAACCUGUGGAUGUGGAAGCAUUGGGACUUCAUGAUUAUUGUGAUAUCAUUAAGCAUCCCAUGGAUCUGAGCACAAUCAAAUCCAAACUGGAGAACCGUGAUUAUAGAGAUGCUCAAGAAUUUGCAGCUGAUGUCCGAUUGAUGUUUUCCAAUUGCUACAAAUACAACCCUCCCGAUCAUGAGGUGGUUGCUAUGGCACGAAAAUUGCAGGAUGUUUUUGAAAUGCGCUUUGCUAAAAUGCCAGAUGAACCUGAAGAACCCAUGAUUCCAGCUUCCUCUCCAGUAGUGGUGCAACCCCCACCCAAAAUGCCCCCACCUUCAUCCAGUGAUAGCAGCAGCGACAGCUCUUCGGAUAGUGACAGUUCAUCAGAUGAUUCUGAGGAAGAGCGAGCUCAGCGGUUAGCAGAACUUCAGGAACAGCUUAAAGCAGUACAUGAGCAGUUGGCUGCCUUGUCCCAGCCCCAACAGAACAAACCAAAGAAGAAAGAAAAAGACAAAAAAGAAAAGAAAAAAGAGAAGCACAAAAAGAAAGAAGAAGUGGAAGAGAAUAAGAAAAAUAAACCCAAGGAUCUUCCACCUAAGAAGGCCAAGAAAAGUAACAGCAACAGUAACUCAAGUAGUAAGAAGGAGCCUGUGACUGUGAAGAACACCAAGCCACCUCCUGCUUAUGAGUCUGAGGAGGAAGACAAAUGUAAGCCAAUGUCUUAUGAAGAGAAAAGACAAUUGAGCCUGGACAUUAAUAAACUGCCGGGUGAAAAACUAGGUCGGGUUGUCCAUAUCAUCCAGUCAAGAGAACCCUCACUCAAAAACUCCAAUCCUGAUGAGAUUGAAAUUGACUUUGAGACAUUAAAGCCAUCCACAUUGCGGGAGCUGGAAAGAUAUGUAACAUCUUGUCUACGGAAGAAGAGGAAACCUCAAGCAGAGAAAGUGGAUGUAAUUGCUGGUUCCUCUAAAAUGAAGGGGUUCUCCUCCUCAGAGUCUGAGAGCACCAGUGAGUCCAGCUCCUCCGACAGUGAAGAUUCAGAAACAGAAAUGCCCCCAAAGCUUAAGAAAAAAGGACAUUCUGGGCGGGAACAAAAAAAGCAUCACCAUCACCACCAUCAACAGGUGCAACAGCAGCAGUUGCAACCCCAGCAGCUGCCGCCGCCCCCACCCCCUGUCCCUCAGCAAGCAGCACCUCCAAUCAAGUCCUCUCCUCCAGCUUUUGCUCCAGCGCAGAUUCCAGUUUUGGAGCAUCCGCUCCCAGGGAACAUGUUUGACACUAUCUCACAUUUCAGUCAGCCUAUGAUGCAUCUUUCUCAAUCAGAGAUGCCGCCCCACCUACCACAGCAGCCUGAGCACAGCACUCCUCCUCACUUGAAUCAGCAUACAGUGGUGUCCCCUCCAGCUUUGCACAAUGCCCUGCCUCAGCAACCUUCCCGACCCAGUAAUCGAGCUGCAGCUCUCCCCCCAAAACCCUCUCGGCCUCCAGCAGUGUCACCAGCUCUGAACCAACAACCCAUGCUCCCCCAACCUCCACCCCCCCAGCCUCCCCAGGUUCUGCUGGAGGAUGAAGAACCUUCCGCCCCUCACCACAACCUGCCUCUGAGUAACAGCCAGAUGCAGCUAUACCUACAGCAGCUGCAGAAAGCGCAGCCACAGACUUCUCUCCUCCCUUCAGUGAAGGUCCAGUCGCAACCUCAGCCAUCCCUGCAGCCUCCUACUCAUCCUACAGUGCAACAGUUGCAGCAUCAGCCACAGCAGAGGCCGGUACAUAUGCAGCCCAUGCAGUACCCUUCCCACGUCCCUCCGCCUCAGCCACCUCCACAGCAGCACCUACCCCCGCAGCAGCAGCCACAGCCGUCUCAGCAGUCAUCAAAGCCCCAGCAAGUCAUCCAACACCACCCAUCACCACGGCAUCACAAGCCAGACCUAUAUUCAGCUGGUCAUUUGAGAGAAGCACCUUCCCCUCUCAUGAUGCAUUCCCCACAGAUGCAACAGUUCCAGGGGCUGCCACACCACUCUCCACCACAACCAAAUGUCCAGCCAAAAAAACAGGAACUGAGAGCAGCAUCUGUGGUUCAGUCACAGCCUAUGGCGAAAGAGGAGAAGAUGCAGUCCCCAGUCAUCCGAAAUGAGACAUUUAGCCCAACUUUGCGGCAGGACCCCCCCAAGCAUCCAGAAAGUAUCAAGCCCCCUGCGCAUAUCCAACAACGAACAGAAUUAAAGCCAGUGGACAGUGGACGGCCUGUUAUAAGACCCCCUGAGGAAAAUGCACCACCUGGAGUUCAGGACAAAGAAAGACAAAAGCAGGAACCAAAAACACCAGUUGCUCCUAAAAAGGAUCUAAAAAUAAAGAAUAUGGGCUCCUGGGCCAGCUUAGUGCAGAAGCAUCCCGCUGCGCCGUCCUCUACAGUAAAGGCUAGUAGUGACAGCUUUGAACAGUUCAAGAGAGCAGCCCGGGAAAAAGAAGAGCGUGAGAAGGCUUUGAAAGCUCAGGCAGAACAAGCAGAGAAAGAGAAGGAGAGGCAGAGGCGAGAGCAAGAGAGAAUGAGGAGUCGUGAAGAUGAGGAGGCCCUCGAGCAGGCUCGCCGAGCUCAUGAAGACAUCCGGAGGCGCCAGGAGCAGCAGCAGCAGCAGCCGCAGCAACAGCCACCCCCGCUGCCAGCUGCAGUCUCUGCUCCACAGGCACAGAGCUCUCAGCCGCAGUCUUCUCAGUCCAUGCUGGACCAACAAAGAGAGAUGGCCAGAAAACGAGAGCAGGAACGAAGGCGGAGGGAGGCAAUGGCAGCUACUAUCGACAUGAAUUUCCAGAGUGAUUUGUUGGCAAUAUUUGAAGAGAAUCUUUUCUAAUAACACCUGGUUUUCUUCUCUUGACUCUUAAUUUCCCGGCAAAUCUUUGGCUCUCCAUAGUGAUGUUGGCGGCUGGGAGGAGAGCAUUCCUGCAGCCUUCUGCAUGCAUGACAGUUGCGGCCUCAGAAGAAUCAGCAGAGUCUGCCUUACAAUUUGACUUUCUUCCUUACCCCCCACCCCCACCUCACUGAAGAAAGAGAGACCAAGACGCAAACCAGCUUCAUACUAGGCUUGAGUUGGUGGACAUGCAGUUGCUGGGAAGGGGGCCCCCGAACACUUGAUAUUCUCUAUGCCAAACUUACUUGCAGUAUAUCCAGGACUUUAUGCUGUUCACCCCUUUUCUCUUCAUAAGAGUUCUGAGCUGCAGAAUGUUUGUGACCCUACAAUGCUUUGUGCUGGCAGCACAAGACACUCUGCAUUAAGAAUCUCUGUACAUGAAGACCCUGCCUGGGCUUCAGCAGGGAAGACACAAGCUGCUUCUGGUCCUUUAGUCACUGGCUUUGCCUUUAACUAAACUUCCCACAAGCCUUUAGCUGGGAGCCAUUCUCUGUAAAGUGUUUGCUUGUGAAAAGGGAAUAAUUUAGUGGAGGUGUCAAGUGUAACUGGCGAUUUGAGUGAGGUUUUUCUGUUUUUAGCAUUGUGUGGAGGUCCAGGAAUCUGAGCUAGACUACCAACCAAAGUCGGUUUCUUUUAAUCUGUUUCUUUUCCUCCAGACAAAUGGGCACUGCUCAGCUCCUGAGUGGGUCUUCAUGUCUCUUCAUGGCAGAGUAGAGUGGGUGGGGAAAACAUUAGCACCAGAGGAAGCUCCCACCCUGUCAAUAGUGUUUGACUGUGGCUGUAUUGUAUAGUGAAUAUAGUUGGCAUAUAUUUGUUUGAGUUUUAACUGGUGAGCCCACCAAACUCUGUAAAGACACUGCUUAUAUUUUGCUCAGUUCCAGACUUUUAGUCUAUAUUUUUAACUGUAAUAGCAGAAAGCUACAUUUUGGGUUUUUUAAUGUCAUGAUGUCUGUUAAAAUUAGUUUUUAUACUGCAAAGGAGCAGCUCCCAGGAGGGCAGGUGGCGGGAGUGAACUUGGGUCAGAAGGACAGAAGCCGUGCUCCUGCUGCCUUCAAGCUGAGCCUUCUCUCUCACACUUCGCAGCGGUCCCAGCACCUUUAGCGUGUUUUUCAUUUUAUUCAUUGCAUUGUUCCAAGUUUAUGUGCCAUAAAUACCCACUAUACAGUACAAUACUGAUGUGUCAGUAUUCGCCAAGCUCUGAAGUAAUAAAUUGGUUUUACUUUAAUAUGGUGAAUAUACAUUUGGUCUGUACUGAUCAUGGAAUAAAAUCAUCUCUUUUUUUAAAAAAA